AUGGCAUCCGAGACUGACGCCGUACUGCGCUUUUUUUGCCUCACCAAAGAAAAGAUCGUCGAGGACAAGAUAAAAUCUUCAUAUACUAGUAGAAGGAUGAAUCGAACUAACGAAGUCGAGGACCACGUGUGGAAUCACAGAGAAAGAACCGCGGACCCGCUACCGCAACAUAUACUAUCGUUCUUUAGCGACAAUAUAGCGACUUACCUUCGGUGCUUGGUAGAAAUGCACGAUAAAUCCUCCUCUCGUUGGACUGUGUCGACACGUCAGGAACAAUGGGCCCGCGGGAAGUACUGUUUUCCUGGGAAAACUCGAACCGAUACUCAGCCGGAUGACUGUGGCGACCAUUGA